AUGUCUCAGUGGAAUCAAAUCCAGCAGCUGGAAGCAAAAUUUUUGGAGCAGAUCGAUCAGAUUUACGAUGACAAAUUUCCCAUGGAAGUUCGACACCUAUUAGCACAAUGGAUUGAAAACCAAGACUGGGAAUCUGCAUAUAACAAUGAGCCCAUGGCCACCAUUCUCCUACAGAACUUGCUAAUAAAACUGGACGAACAUUUAGACCGUGUUUCCCAAGAGAAGAAUCUCCUCUUGGUGCACAACCUAAAGAGAAUCAGGAAGAUGCUUCAGGGAAAAUAUCACAAUAAUCCUGUGCACGUAGCAGUAGUUGUUUCAAAUUGUUUAAGAGAAGAAAGAAGAAUAUUGGCUUCAGCCAGUAUGCCUGUACAGGGCCCACUAGAAAAAUCACUACAAAACAACCUGGAUUCAGAAAGACAAAGAAAAGUUGAGCAUAAGGCAUCUACAAUUAAGAACAGCACUCAGAUGACUGAACAAGACGUGAAAUAUUUAGAAGAUCUGCAAGAGGAGUUUGACUUUCGGUACAAAACGAUGCAAAGUAUAGAACAGAAUGAGAAAAACAGUGCUGCCAUGAAGCAGGAGAUGUUGAUGUUGCAGGGAAUAUUCAACACCUUAGACUACAGGCGAAAGGAGAUUCUUUGUAAAGUGGAACAAAUGAUAAAGGAAAUUGAAGGCUUUGUGAAUAACAUGCUGAUGGAAGAAUUACUGGAUUGGAAGAGGCGGCAGCAAAUUGCCUGCAUCGGAGGUCCUUUGCACAGUGGGCUUGAUCAGCUACAAAACUGUUUCACACUGCUGGCAGAAAGUCUUUUCCAAAUAAAACGGCAACUGGAGAAACUGGAUGAGCUUUCGGUUAAACUCACAUACGAUGGAGAUCCCAUCGCAUUGCAAAAACCUCAUUUGCUAGAAAGAGUAAACUUCUUACUAUACAGCCUUUUCCAAAGUUCAUUUAUAGUUGAGAGACAGCCCUGCAUGCCAACUCAUCCCCAGAGAUCCUUGGUUCUAAAAACCUUAAUCCAGUUCUCUGUUAAACUUCGGCUACUUAUUAAAUUGCCAGAGCUGAACUACCAAAUCCGAGUGAAAGCUACUAUUGACAAGAAUGCUUCUACUAUAAGUAAUCGCAGAUUUGUCCUCUGCGGUACUCAUGUCAAAGCAAUGAACAUGGAUGAGUCUGAAAAUGGAAGUCUUUCUGUGGAGUUUCGACAUCUGCAACCAAAGGAAAUGAAAGCAAGUGCUGGAAACAAAGGAAAUGAGGGUCCUCAAAUGGUUACUGAAGAAUUGCAUUCCAUUACUUUUGAAACGCAGGUCUGCUUGUAUGGGCUGACCAUAGACUUGGAAACAUGUUCUUUACCAGUUGUGAUGAUUUCUAAUGUCAGUCAAUUGCCUAAUGCUUGGGCUUCUAUUAUAUGGUACAACCUGUCCACAAAGGAAUCUCAGAACUUGACCUUCUUCAACAAUCCCCCGUCUGUUGGAUUGAGUCAGGUCCUGGAGGUUCUGAGUUGGCAGUUUUCUUCAUAUAUUGGCCGUGGACUCAAUUCUGACCAACUUGGGAUGCUGGCAGAAAAACUGACAGGACAGCAAGUCAUCUAUACUGAACAACACAUUUCCUGGUCAAAAUUCUGUAAGGAGCACUUGCCUGGGAAAUCAUUUACAUUUUGGGUAUGGCUUGAAGCAAUCUUGGAGCUGAUUAAAAAGCAUAUUCUUCCUCUUUGGAUUGAUGGAUGUAUCAUGGGCUUUGUGAGCAAAGAGAAGGAGAGAGGUUUGCUCAAGGACAAGAUGCCAGGGACAUUUUUAUUGAGAUUCAGUGAAAGCAACCUAGGAGGGAUUACAUUUACAUGGGUAUCUCAGUCAGAAAAUGGGGAAGUGGAUUUCCAUUCUGUGGAGCCAUAUAACAAGGGUCGUUUAACGGCAUUGCCUUUUGCUGACAUUUUACGAGAUUACAAAGUUAUUACGGAAGAUAAUGUUCCUGAAAACCCUCUGAAAUAUCUUUAUCCAGAUAUCCCCAAAGACACAGCCUUCGGAAGGCAUUACAGCUCACAAGCAAGCGAAGUGCCAAGACCUACAGAAGGAGGGACUACAGGCUACGUCCCUUCUGUAUUUAUUCCAGUCUCCAAAAUUCUGAAUGAUUCAACAGACCCACCUUCACCAUCAGACCUUCUCCCCAUGUCUCCCAGUGUCUACGCUGUUUUGAGAGAACACCUGAGUCCUACUGUAAUGGAAACUGCUAUGAGUUCUCCAUAUUCAACUGACUAACAUUUCUCUACUGAAGAAUCUAAAGGACCGAUGUAGAUACAUUUCAAAAGAGGAAUACCUAAAUCACUUUCUUUCUUGUUUCCCUUGUAAAUAUCAAUAUGUACUUGUAUACACUCUUAUCUUCUUGGAUCUAAAUCUCCUUUCACGCAUAGCUUCUUUACUUAUCCUUCAGACAUUGUUUGACUAUAUCUCCCAGCAUUCCCAACCACUAGCUAUGCUGUCUAGGGCUGGUGCAACUGGAAGUCCAGCAACAUCCAAAAAAAGCCUGUCUUCAUAAUUUAGCCUUCCAAGAACUAGCUUGGGCUAGCUCACUUAAUACCCAACUCCUCUUUGCAUUGUCUGUUUGAAAUAACCAUGUACAAUAUAUUUCACAGUUACCUGACUUUGGAGGUCACAGGAAACAGUUGUUUAUUCAAAUCUGAAAGUGGAAGCAUUCGGUACCUUGCCUCACACAUAAAGUGGUGAGGGAGGAAGCAUACACUCGAGACUUGUGUUUGCAACAGUGCUUAGUUGCACCAAGCUGAACUUUGCCUAGAAAAAGAUUGUUUACAAAAAAAAAGUCAUUAGAGAACAAAUCAAAGAAAUCAAUCAACUGUUGACAAUCUGGGCACUGAUAUGCUACAAAAGGUGUGAUAAUGUGAUGUUGACUCUGUGCAAAUAGGAUUAAACAGAGACUGUUGUCUGGUAGAAUUGUGCCAGGACAUUUCAGUUUCUGUUUCCCUGCAGACUUCAAGUAAUGUGAUUUUAAGGCUGGGCUCAUAUGGCGGGAACUGGGCUAAACAAAACAGAGGACUUAAAUAAGCUAGAUUGAGAUGGAAGAUGGAAGUAUAGUGGUUAGCUAGGAUCAUGGAUAAGAGGAUCCAUGCCUGGUGAGCGUAUACUAAACCAGAUAGGUCAGGACGGAGAAACCAACUCUCUAGGUUGAAGGCAAGCCACAGAGGUUUGUUUGAUUUGGACAAAAAGGAUGCAAGUACAGCAAUUUACUUCAAAAUGUGCAAGCAUAAACAUACAGAGAAAUACAAGAAAUACAAGACAUCUUAUAUAGUUCCUGCUCCUUCCCUUGAUUGGCUGGAAAAAAGGUUUAGCAAAUGCACAAAUACUUGAGCCUCUGUUUUGGCAGGCAGCAAUCUCUCAGCUUUAAGUGACCCAUAUAACUCAGGGGUCCUCAAACUUUUUAAACAGAGGGCCAGGUCAAAGUCUUUCAAUCUGUUAUAGGGCCGGAUUGUAAUUUGAAAAAAACAUGAAUGAAUUCCUAUGCACACUGCACGUAUCUUAUUUGUAGUGCAAAAACACACACACUUUAAACAAUACAAUAAUUAAAAUGAAGAACAAUUUUAACAAAUAUAAAGUUAUUAGUAAUUCAAUGAGAAGUGUGGACCUGCUCUUGGCUGAUGAGAUAGGGUUGUUGUUGUGUGCUUUCAAGUCAUUUCAGACUUAGGAUGACCCUGUGUAAGGGCUGGGUAAAUGACCCUGGAGGGCCGCAUCUGGCCUCCGGACCUUAGUUUGAGGACCCCUGAUAUAAUUAGACAAACAGGUUUGAGUUUAUAUGGGCUGACAUGGGAAGUCCCCUAUAUCAGCAGACACAUUAAUUUUGAUAAUUAUCUGGUGUGGGAAAUGGCCAGAGGGAUUUGCCCAACCUUCCUGUUCUCAAAGGAUUAUUUCAACAGGGUUAUAGGGACUGUCUCUGGGCUACAUCUUGUUACAUUUUAUAAAGAAGUUUUAUACAUUUUAUAUACAAGAAAUAGAUACAGUACACAGAAAGAUACAAAUUAUGCAAAAA